AUGACGUCGUCUGCCUCUAUUGUCAUUAUCUUCGGCGCAGCUGGUGCGAUUGGACGAGCGGCAGCUAUUGAGGCCAACGCACGUGGUUGCCGUGUUUUCCUGGCAAUGCGUGACACGAAGAAACCGAUUCCAGGGCUGUCCCGAGAGCUUGAAGAAAAGAGCAGUUUCACGCGCAUCCAGGCAGACCUUCUCGACCCAAACUCGAUACGUAAUGCCAUUAGCAACUCAGGCGCAACCAUUGCCUUCACCUACGCCGUUCACACGGCCCAAGAUGCCAUGCGCUCAGCUUUUGGUGCCAUGAAAGAGGCAGGUAUACAGCGCGUCGUCUUCCUCUCGUCAUACACAGUCUACCCGGAUGUGGAGACCGCCAUCGCUGGUACACGCCCCAUUGCUUCUCUUCACGGUAGAGCAGAGAAGUCACUGGUUGAGAGCGGAUUGCCUCACACGAUCCUCCGCCCCAUGUUUUUCAGCAGCAACAUCAGUGGGGAUGCUGAAGAUGUUAAGAAUGGCGAAGUCUAUGUGCUGAGGCCUGGUUCAAUAAGCGACUACAUCGCCCCUGAAGACAUUGGAUAUGUCGCUGGCGCAACGCUCGCCGAGCAAACCACCGAAUCGCGAAUUAUUCCACUCUGUGGCCCUGAACUGCUGUCACAGCGAGAGGCAUGGAACAUCGUUUCCCAAGAACUUGGAAGGGAGAUAAAAGUCAAGGAAGUUGAUGAGGCGGAGUUCCUGGCACGUCAGAAGGUUCCGCCACCUCUGGCGCGUAACCUCGCUGACUACUGGUUGGAGGGGGAGGAUACUUCGGUGAGAUACCCAUCAGAACUCUACAAGGAGGCCUCUGGGAACAUUCAGAAGUAUACUGGAAGGGAGCCGACUAAAUUUGCGGCGUGGAUCAAAGCUCAUAAGUCAGAGAUAUUUGACUAA